CUCUCUCUCUCUUCUCCUCAUACGCGUACAGUUUUCCAGCAAUUUGAGGCAGAGUUAGGAGUGAGAACACAAGGUUAGAAGACAGCGAACGGGAGACUUCAUUCACAUCAAGGAGACGUGGAUGUUGUAAUCAGGCUCUACAGAGUGAAGCAGAGCAGAGAGAGGGGAUUUAUCAGCAGCACGGACCCCAGACCUGUGUGCAGCCAGACAGGUUGAGGUGGACCAGGUCGUGGCAGCCCUUCCCUGUGUCUGUACUUCAGCUUGGACAGUCAUUCCAAAGGAUCCCCAUCGCUCCAAGUGCUCCCCAGCUGGAGAGGCCGCUCCAGGGUCCAGCAUGCACCUCACCUCCUCCAUCCUCUGGGCCGUGGUGGUCCUGCUCCUGUUCUCGAUGGCUGAGAUGAGAAGAGCCGGACGGGGCAAAGGACUCAAAGGAGUGAGGAAUGGCUUGGCACGGGACAGGUGGCGAGGCAACAGGCGCCAUGGCAGAUCCGGCGCUGCCAGGUUACUUCCCCCGAACUGCACAGAGUCCCUGCAAUCCAGGGACGUCUUUCUGGACUGCCAGGAGCGCGGUCUGAUCUCCAUCCCUAGCUCCAGAAGCUGGUCCAAGGAGCCCAAGCAUCUUCUUCUGGCCCGCAACCGGAUACGUAUCCUACGCGACGGGGCCUUCGCCGGCUUUGAGGGCCUCAAGAGUCUGGACCUGCAGCAGAACCAGAUCUCCGUGGUGGAGGAAGAGGCCUUCCGGGGCCUGUGGCGCCUCAAGACGCUGCUCCUGCAGCACAACAAGCUGGCCGUGGUGAGCGAGGAGGCCCUGAUCCCCAUGCCCAACCUGCAGUACCUGCGUCUCUACGACAACCCCUGGAACUGUGGCUGCACGCUAGAAAGCCUCGUACAGACCCUGCAGGUCCCAAGCAACCGUCACCUAGCCAACCACGCCAGGUGUACAGAGCCGCUCAGGUUGAAAGGCAAGAAGCUGAAGCAGGUUGAUACUGAGUUUCUGUGCCAGGACUCGGACCAGGGCCCCCAGGACGAUCAGACGGACCCCUCUGAGCCUGGAAAACCCAGUGGGAUCCAAGGCAAGCCGGACGCCACCGUCUCCUGCCACGCCUACCUCUACCCAGAGCCACGGCUGGACUGCAGUCAGAGAGAUUUGACCGAGGUUCCAAGUGGUAUUCCGGAUUAUAUCGUUCAUAUGGACCUGUCUCAUAAUUCCAUUCGUCAGCUACGAGCCAGAGAUUUCCAUGAAGCCCGGAGCUUGAGAACAUUAAACCUCAAGGACAAUGACCUGGAGCACAUGGAAAAGGGCUCUCUGUCAGGCCUGCUCCACCUUCAUGAGAUGGAUCUGUCCGACAACAACUUGCACUUUGUUCAGCAUGGCGUCCUGGAAGACCUUUACUUCCUGUCCCUGCUGAAGCUGGGAGGAAACCCCUGGGUGUGCAACUACAGCAUCCACUACAUGGUGUACUGGCUGCGUCUGCACCCUGGGGUGAGGAUGUCUGGCCUGCAAUGCCGUUCCCCUGUGCAGCACAUGGGGGAGCGGGUGGAGAAGUACGUGGACUCCUAUUACCGCGCGUGCCCAAAGGAGGCGCAGCGCAGCCAGGAGGAGCACGAGGAGCUGGGGGACAUGGACCCUGAGCUGUGGGAGAGCCUCCUUGAGGUGCAGGGGACUCUGGAGGAGAACCCGGAGCCCAGCCACCUCAGAGGGCCCCAGAAGUACCAGAUCAUCAGACUGUCCUGACUCCACUGAACAUCCAACCUCCACUAUCUAUAUGAACCCCCCUCACACAAGCAAUACAAUCAGUCUGUAUCAGAUGGAGAAACCGACCUUUAGAAUGAUCUAUAGUUGAUGAUCCUUAUAACUUCAUUGCAAAUAUACAAAUGAAAAAUUAA